AUGUAUCGGAAGUUGUCUAAGUUAGAACACUCGGAAAUAAAACAACUUCUUACAGAAGCUAAUAUAGAUGUUGCAAAGCAUUACGCAACAAACAAAAAAGCACUCGCUGACAUCCUCAAUGACUAUAAUGGUGCAAUAAGUUAUGAUAGAAUUCAUGAGUUCAUAAAGCCGCAACGCGGCGAGGACGAAGUCCAUGCAAGAGCAUUUCCUUUAAAUGACGUUGCUAUUGACUUAUAUCAUAGACGUUCAGUACCUCAUGAAGUAAGAAGAGAAAUGUUUGACAUAACAAAUGCAAACGUUGGUGAAACAAGAAGAAGAGACGACACACUGAAACAACAGAGAAGAGAGAUGUUUAAGAGCGCUAUAGAACAAGUUCGCAAAGCUAACGAUGUCAUUCGUUCCAUUGACGACAAACCAAAAGAAGGUGAGAGAUGGUUAAAGAAAGAUGAAGAGAAUAGGAAGAGGAAUGUUAAGACAGGCAAUAGACUCAUUGACUUUAACAUCGAAGCUUUAGAUGAACCAAACAGAGACUACUUACACAAACAUUUCGGUAAGGUUUUCAUGAGACUCUUAGAGAAGAUUAAAAUAAACUCCCAACAAAGAUGGAUGGUAUGUUAUAAACUUGGUGGAAAGUAUGAAUGUUCUACGUUAAACCUCAAUAAUAUUGGAACAUUACUACAUCAGCUCUUGAAGGAGAACUUUAUAUCAGAGAUAGAAGCAAAUGCUGCAG